AUGUCAGUUGCAUCUUUUGAGCUGCUCUACAUUGCUAUAAGACAUGGAAGGGACAGGUCACAGUCAAACCAACAACACACAGCAUGGGGGUGGAUUUCAAGAGCCCAAAGGAAGAAAGCAACUGACUGUUCAUCAGAAAAGGGAACUAGUAGAUGGUUAUCUACUCAAGCUAGAGGGGGGGAGUUGCCAAGGGGUUACUUAUCACAACAAGCAAGAAGACUCAAUGUGCACAGAUCAACAAUCCAGAGAGUUUUUACUGACAUCAAAAACCAAAUGGCAAUGGGGAAUGUCAUAAAUGUCAGAAGCAAAAAACUGGGAAAAACUGGACCCAAACCCAAAGAAUACACUGAUAAGUUUCUGCAGUCAGCACCUUUGUACAAGAGGGCAACUGAGAGAAGCUAUGGAGCUGCUCUCAAGAUUUCAUCUACAGCCAUUCACAAACUAAAGAAACAAGGGAGACUCAGAACUCAUACAAGCACAAACCACCCAGCACUCACAUCCAACCACAAAAUAGCUAGGAUGAAAUGGGUCUUAAAUCACAUACUGCCUGCCACACAGAACAGGGACCCCAAGUUUAUGGACAUGCAACAAGUGGUCCAUGUUGAUGAGAAGUGGUUCUACUUGAACCUAGAAAAUAGGAGGUUUUACCUUCUACCAAAUGAGCCAAACCCCUAUAGAGCCCAACAGUCCAAGAGGUUCAAAAUCAAAGGGAUCAUGGCAGCCAUAGGGAAACCAGUGUUUUCCCUAAUGGAGAAGUACUUCAUGAUGGAAAAUAUGGAAUAUGGCCAUUUGUCAAAAUGGCCUUCACAUCUGCCCAAGGACAUAUUCAUUCAGUGGGAUAAUGCAAGACCUCAUCAAAUUCCAAUGGAUGAGGAAUUUGAAUCAGCCUGUCAGUCAGAAGGAUUCAACAUUCAAUUCAUCUAUCAGCCAGCAUAG